AUGGCCGUUGCCAAAGCCGCAAAUAAGGGGGUAGACGUAACCCGUCACCUCGUCCCAAAGGCGCGCGCUGCGUCAACAGCAGCAGUGCUUGUGCAAACAGCCACAAGACAUGGCAUGCCCCCGGGGUUCAAAGCCAAGGUCGGUAGGCUGGAGACCUUUACCCUUCCCGAAAGAGUCUCGGGGUCUGUAUCCGACAAGGCCAUAGCAGAUGCCAUGAUCGGUGCCUGGCGCAGAGAUGGCAUUCUCCAAAUUGGCAUCUACUCAGGAUAUAUCGCCUCUGGUGAGGAGAUCACUGACGGGAUUGCCGACUACUCAGAAAUCUUCACCGUGACCAAGGAUCUUCCACACACUGAUGAGCGUGUCGCUCGAGGCUGGCCAUGUCAUGGACCAUGCCCAUGGCUGGACCAGCACAUGAAAGCAAUCAUGACCAGAUACAUGAAUGAUUUGGCUGAAUCUGGAGAGAAGCUCCUGCAGCUGAUCGAAAUGGGCCUGGAUAUCCCCACAGGAUCACUAACGAGAUACACAAACGAUGGGUGGCACCACAUGCGCGUCCUGAGAUUUCCGCAAAAUGAUAGGACGAAUGGCAAAGGCAAAAAGGGGCGAGGUAUUGGCUCCCAUACUGAUUAUGGCUUGCUUGUCAUUGCAGCCCAAGAUGACGUUGGAGGGCUUUUUGUCCGGCCACCGCAUGAAAAUGAACGAUUUUCCAACUGGGAAAAGAGCUCAGCUGGACUACGGGAAAACGAGGCCGGAUGGGUGUACGUGCCUCCAGUUGCUGGGACAUUCACAGUCUUUCCAGGCGAUAUGAUGCAGUACAUGACCAACAAUGUUCUGCAGUCAACACCGCACAAGGUCGGGCUCAACGUCCGUGAACGGUUCGCAUUUGCGUACUUUCAUGAGCCCAACUUUCGUUCCGUCAUACGGCCGCUGCCGGGUCACAAUGCCGGACAGUCGCCCAUUGAAGGAAUCCAUUACGGCACGCAUUUCACAAACAUGUUUCUGAGGAAUUACCCCGACCGCGUCACCACCGCUCGGCUUCAAGAGGAGGGUCGGUAUCGGCUACUUGAGUCGGAGGAGCUUCGGGACGGCGAUGACGUACUGUGA